CAGAAUCAUCUAGUUCUGAUCUGGGGAUGAUAGGAUCCACUUAAAGCAACCACUAACUGCACACUGAACCUCAUGGCUUCUCUGGUCCUUCUUAACAGAGAGCAUACUUUACAGGCAUAUCUACAGGAUAGAACCCCUAAUUCCUCCCCGGACACAGGGCCCUUUCCAACACUGAACGUACUCCCUUCAGUCUGUCGCUCAGUAAUUGCACCUAAGCCAAACCAUUGGGAUUACUCACAGUCCUCUUCCAGCCCAGCUGGAGCAGCACCAGCAAUGUUUCCUUUGUGGGGAAAUGACGUUCCUCCCAGCACAGGAAUGGGAUCUCAUGCUGUGACCUUUGGUGUCCCUAAAGUUCAGUAUACCAGUCAUAUGCAGGCAGUAGGAACUCAUGAGCUGCCACUGACUCCUCCAGCUGACCCCAAUGUCUACUCAUUUGAUUUGUCUCCUGUAAAGAUAUUGGCACCACAAGUUCCAACUAACCAUGCAUACCAUUUCCAAGACUCAAACACUAUCACUCAGGACUUCUCUGGCUUUAUGCAAACCCCUACACCCUUGACCCAAAGACACAUUCAGACAGCACACAUGGAUGAGCAGACCUGGUGGAGUUUGCAACAAACAAAUCCAAAUAACCUUCAUUCCUUCCAUUUGACAAACUCCUUGAUGGUGGGACCACAGCCUCAACUUGCAGCACUUCUCUCGAGCUCCUCCAAAACUCUGCUAAGCUCCACUAGACGAUGUAGAAGGUGUAAGUGCCCCAACUGCCAGGCUUCUCCAAACAAUGAGGAACCAGGGAAAAAGAAGCUUCACAUCUGCCAUCUUCCAGGUUGUGGAAAAGUUUACGGAAAGACCUCACAUCUCAAAGCCCAUUUGCGCUGGCAUGCUGGAGAAAGACCUUUUAUCUGUAACUGGGUCUUCUGUGGCAAAAGCUUCACCAGAUCUGAUGAGCUUCAGCGGCAUCUAAGGACUCAUACAGGAGAGAAACGUUUUGGGUGCCAAGAAUGUGGAAAGCGGUUUAUGAGGAGUGAUCACCUUUCCAAACAUACAAAAACCCAUCAAAACAAAAAGGGGAAGUGUACAGGCCCAUCUAUAGAUAAUAUUAAAAAAGAGUGA